UUUUGACUACUUGGCUCCUAUCUCAUUGGAUUGGCUUUGAUCCCUACCUUAUUAUGGAGAGGGUCAAAGGUUCUUUUUACUCCAUGCCUUACGUGCUCUUUUUAGGCUCUUUGGUUUGGAAAUGCCUAUCCUUCUUCUUUUGCUCGUCACUUUGGUAGGAUGUUGUAGCAGCUUGCACAUGGAUGAUAAUUUCGCUGGAGGAAGGGCGGUGGAUUCAGUGUCGGGGUAGGAUAAUUGGGAAAAGUACCUCAACUUAUUGGAGGAAAAUGACUCCGCCGCAUCAGCCUCUCCCCCGUCGUCCUUUUUUUCCAGAGGACUUUUGGACAUGUUCCCUGCACUGGACCUUGGGGAGGAGGUGCAACAAGUGAGCCCUACCUAUUCCAUUUCCCAAACGGAUCUAUGGAAUUCACCUUCCUUGUCGGAUCCAACCCCAGGUCAGGGUAAUCAACCACCCCUGAUCCCAGAGCUCCACCCUCCGCUUCUCUAUGACAACACCCGUCGAGCGGAGCUCACGAGUAGGUUAAGAACCAUUUUAUGAGGGAAAACUUAUAGGGAAGAAAUGAUAGACUCUAUUGUUGAUACGCAAGUGCAGAUUGAAAAACAUAUUCAAGUUGCACUUGUGGGACGGGACUAUUCGGUUGAGUCUCUUCUUGCGAAGAGGCACUAGAUCAGGGGGAUCAUCUUCUCCCCAAUGGGAUAAGCUUUUAGUGAAAGGACUUAUGCUUUGCACCUGAAGGAGAUUCUCUAGUUGGGUACAGUGCAAAGCCUUCCAUUUCGGCGGGUUGAAAGGGCCAUAAAGGACUUAAAGCUCUUUCUUGAACUUGAAAGAGCGUAAAUUCUUCCCUUUUUAUCCCAAUUUCCCACUCUUUCUGUGAGGCAAAACCUCACCACACUACACUACACUUCGACACAAGAGAACAGGACCGGGUGCUUUGUAUCUUCAGGAUAGGAGUUGGUGGUCUUCUUUAAGAGAACUUCAAUCUAAUACUCAUUAUGGAUCAGCUCAUGUUUUCACUCUAUUUUCAGUACGAGGAUGUAUCUCGUCAGGAUCCGUUGCUCAAACCGAAUCACGCCAACGUUUUGGAAGUUCCUGGAUCGUGUAAAAUAAUAGUAGUACCAAAGACAACACCUUCUAUCAAAAAUGGAAAAUUGGCUAUGGAGAUUUCGUACGGCCAGAAAUUAAAACAAAGGGCUUCAACAGGAAAGUCGUUUCGAUCCAAUCCAUUCUUGGGGUCAAAUAAAGACAAAAAAGGUUAUGUCAGUGACCUAGCAUGACAAACACUUCGAGGGCAUGGAAUGUCACAUUUUUUGGUCAGAAUAUCCAUAGUAAUGUCUCUGUUAGAUUCUCCGCUCGAAAUAAGGGAAAGGUCAAUUCAAUUCUCGAUGGAAACAAAAUUUUGCAAAUUCUCCCCCGAAUUGGAAGAUUAUUUCGAGAUCUUCGAACAUAUUCGAGGGUUCAAUAUUACUAUUGUAACUUCGGCCAACACACAAGAUGAGACUUUACCACCGUGGAGUGGCUUUUUGCAAAAAGAUGAGGGGGAAACUCAGUAAGAUGUCGUAGAAGCGAAAUAUACGAGAUCACAAACGUAGAUUGCUCAUGGCUAGGCUAACUAUGAAUUGAGACGAAAGCUUUAUAAAGCCCUUUGUAAAGAUCCUGAUA